AUGCCUCCCAAGCGUCACGCAUCCGGCCCGCAGCCCAGGCAGGCAACACUCGCCUUUCAUGGUACCUCUAACCGAGUGACGAAGCCCCGAGGCUCGCCCGUGGGCAAGGCAAAGGCGACAAAUAAGUCAAAGCAAGACCCGAUCCUGUCGGAAUCGAUCACCGAGACGAACCUGAAAGCCGAGGCGGACCCUGAUCUCACCGAGCCCACUACGUCAGAACUUGCCAUCGUUCAGCAAUCGCAGAAGGAAGCCGCAAAGGCAGAGCUUUCGCUCGAAGAGAAGGAAGCGAGCCGCGUCACGGAGACGCAGAUCAAGAAGUACUGGAAGGAGAAGGAGCGUGUAAGGAAGGUGGCACGGGUACACCAGCAAGACGUCGGUCUCUACGAGAAGGUGCUGCGGGAAUUCGAUACAAGCGGGCAGUAUGGGCCAUGCAUUGGCAAUGCACGCAUCAAACGCUGGAAGCGCGCUCACCGCCUCGGUUUGAGUCCUCCCAUCGAGGUUCUGGCGGUGCUGCUGAAGGAGGGCAAGGACAACACAAAGGCGCAGCGCGCUCACAUCGACGAGCUACUGGGCUCGCGUUUCGUCGAGACAUGA